AUGGGCAAGCUAAUCAAAAACCACUGGGCUCGCCUCAUUGUCCUCACCGCCGCUGCCUACCAGGUUGCCGCCGCGAUUGAGGGUUUCUUCUGGCCCAAGAUCUUCUGGGACUUCCUCACCAAGAACUUGGAUGGCGCCGUCAAACCCGUGCCUGCACUCCAGAUAAUCAACCUCAUUCUCGGCAUCCUGGGCGUGUGCUACGAGUGGCCGCUCAGCUUCAUCGCCGGCUCGGGCUUCCAUCGCUCGAUUGAGAUGCGGUUAAUCAUCUACCCUUUGAGCGCCUUGGUCGCUCUCCUGCUUUACCAGGGCACCAAUGCCGGCCUGUACUACAUUAUUGGAAUGAUUGUAUACUUUUGGGCCUAUAGCGAGGGCGAGAUCGUUUGCGAAAAGCCCUGGACUCUGCCCAAGAGGGGCAAGGCUCUUGGCCCCUCCAAGGUCUAG